AUGAAGCCACCAUCUCGCCCUGUAAGGAAGGCUACGAGCAGAGUUACAAAGCCGACAUCGAAGGCAUCGACCAAAAAGAAGAAUAUCACCAAUGCCAAAACGGUUACUCCUCAGCCAGAGGCGGCCAAGUCUAUUGUAACGAAUCCGGUUGAUCGAAUCUAUAAGACUGUGACUUUGGAAAAUAACGAUAUCGAAGAUGGAUUAUGGAUGAUGCGCAGACUUGGCAAUGGUAAAUAUGAAGCUGUUAAUCUCAAUGAUGCUGCGUUCGAAGAUAUCUGCUCAGAAGAAAAUGAGGCAAGAAUGGCUUCCUCUCCGAAAAGCGUCGAGGUUUUCAAAGCGAGCCAGAAGUCGAUAAAAGAUGUUUCAUUAAAGCUAGAUAGAGCUAUUUUUACCGCAAGUGGAAAGGUCUUCCGGUUCAAAAAGCUCCCUAUCGAGUUACGAUACAAAAUUUACGAGUAUGCACUAAUUUCAGAAACUGGUUUGCACCCCGGCUACGCCUCCUGCAACAGUUUCAAAUUACCAGGUGUUGCCCUUGGUCUUCUUGCCUCCUGCCGCUCUAUCAAUGCAGAGUGUACGCAGUUCCUGUGGAAGAACACUUUCGACCUCAAUGCUUGCAGCAUAAAGCGCCUCAGAGAGGUUAAGGAUACUUUAAUCCAGAAUGCCCGUAAUUUCAAAUACGAAUGGUCUGGUAGUGGUUCUGGUCAAUCUAAGGAUAUGCUCAUUCUCGGAAUACUUGCCUCUUGCGAACACAUCGAUACUCUGCAUCUUAUAUUGUGGGGAUCUUGUGUAGAUGGUCGCCGCGCAUGGUACAAUCGCAAGCCACAGCAUAUGUAUCAGAACGACCCCACCGUUCCUGCCGUCGUUCAAAAGUUCAAUAAAAGCAAUGGUUUCGAUAAACUCUUUAGUCUGCAUGACCUUAAAAAGGUCAUUGUUACGAAGCACUGGACUUUCACCGAUGGCAGUGGCUUCAAUACUUUGACGGACGUAGAAUUGAAAGCUUUCGAGAAAUUUUUGAAUGAUAAGCUUACAACGCCAGUAGCACCACCUGUGGUCAUUGCUCACUUACCAUCCACUCCAACAAGAAAGUCAACCAGAAUUCUGAAGAAUGCCAAACCACUCAAAUAUGUCCCGGAUCCAGUUAGCGAAGAUGAGGAGGGGUUUUGGGAUGAAGAUGAGGAUGAAGAUGGUGAUGACGAUGGCGAUGACGAAGAGGAAUGA